AUGGCAUCUACAGCGGUUAAGAUAGCUGGUGCUGCUAAGGAUAUUUCACCUAUUUACUAUAGAAUUUUAUCUAAGUUCCCUCAGAAUUUUACCUUUUGUUUUGCAUAUGGUUCAGCUGUUAAACCUCAAAUAGGUAACCAGAAAAAGCAUAAUAUGAUCGAUUUAAUAUAUUGUGUCGACAAUUCUUAUCGAUGGCAUGGCGCGAAUAUUGAAAUGAAUCCAUCUCAUUACUCAGCUCUUCGCUUUCUUGGUAAAGGAUUUGUUGCAAGAUAUCAAGAAAAUUGGGGUGCAAAGGUCUACUUUAACACCUUGGUGGACAUAAAAGAAGAAAAUGUAACAAUCAAGUAUGGUGUUGUAACACAAAAGGAUCUUAUAGCUGAUCUUUUAGACUGGAAUGACUUAUAUCUUGCAGGCAGGCUACACAAACCAGUGGAAAUUAUCAAACAGACAAAUAGUUCCCAUCUACGAGAUGCUCUUCAGUCAAAUUUACGUUCAGCUGUCCAUACAACUCUACUAACUUUGCCUGAAACAUUUUCAGAAUAUGAUUUCUAUUUUGCAAUAUCUAAUUUAAGCUAUGCGGGAGAUUUUAGAAUGACAUUUGGUGAAAAUAAAAAUAAAGUUCGAAAUAUUGUCCAACCUCAGUUAUUGAAUUUUCGUGAACUCUACAAACCAAUCUUGCAGCAAUUCCAUGCCUAUGUAGAUUUUCCUACAGGAGAUGCUCAGUGUCACCAAGAUUUAAAUCCUGAAACUAAAUUACAUCACUUAAUGCAGUUACCUAUGAUUCCACAACAACGAAUUGUAAAGUUUUGGAAUCAUGGUGGACUUCAGCAAGACAUGGAGGAUGUACUUCGAGCUGUAGCAUAUGAUAUUGAUUGUGCAGUUAUAUUACGGCAAAUAUUAAAAGAUAUAGUGUGGCAAUCAAGUGUAAGGCAAUCACUUAAGGGUAUACCAACAGCUGGUGUCAAUAUGUUAUCUGAUGAAUCUAGCAGUGAUUCUGAAACUGGCAGAUUUAAAUGUCAAACCAAAUCUCAAGAUCCAAAAACUAAUAACAGUAGUCAGAAAAAUUCUUAUAGCAGAUCUUCAGGAAGAAGUAAGAGAACAGAUGAUAAAUUAAACAGAGACUUGGAUAGGAAGAGAGAUGAAAGAGAGAGAUUAGACAGACGCUCUAGAGAAAGACAUAGAUAUGGUAGAUAUUCUCCUGUUCGUAGAAGACCUUCUCGAGAAAACAAGAAUAGAAGAUCUCCGGAAAGACAUAGGGCAGACAGGCAUAGACAAGAUUUAAGGGCCAGGUCUAAACAAAAAGAUACUAGAAGCAAUAGCAAAGAUAGAUACAGACGUUCUAGAUCCAAGUCACAAAAAUCACCCAUUAGAACAAGAAACAUAAAAGACGAAAUAAAAGAAAUAAUCGCAGGGAAAGAUAAAAAUCCAGAUAAAGAUGAAAAAAAAACCACACAUUCAAAGUCUUCCUCUCCAGAAGUUGCAGUUAAAAAAUCAAUAGUGCAUAAACCUUCAGCUUCAGAAACCCUUAAGAAAAAUAGUACCAGCCCUAUUUUGAUACCAGAAAAUGAUAGUGACACACCAGAUGUUGUUCAACCCGGAUCUUAUUAUAGCAUGAUUCCUGCUAUUGUGAAGGAAAAACCGGAUGAAUCUAGUGAAAUUGAUUCAUCUGAUGAUGAAAGGUUAAGAGCAAAGCUAUUAAAUUUAGAAAAAGAAUUACAAAAGACUAAAAAGAAAAAACAUAAAAAGAAACAUAAGCGAAAAAGUGUGAAAUCUGACAAAGAAAAACAAGACUCUUCAGCUUCUGUUGAAGUAAGUAGUACAACUGAUAUUCAAGAAGUGAAGUCAGAUGUUCCCUGUGACAUAGAAAGUGCUGAAGUGACAUCCACACAGAAGAAUAAUAAAAAAGAGAGCAGUGAAGAAGGAGAAAUAUUAAGUGAAGAUAACUCUCAAUCUGAUGUUGAUAUAGAUCCUACUGACUUACGACAUAAAUUAAAGCGAUCUAAAAUAGAUCAACAUGAUAAAAUACAGAAACUAGAUGUAUGUGGACCAGCCCUUCCACCGCAUAUGGAGAAACGGUUUAAGAAAAGUACUUCUCCUGUAACUGAAGGUCCACUUCUACCACCUCAUUUGACGGAUAAGUCGCGCAAUAUAGGGCCAUCAAUACCAGAUGGUAUGCGUAAAGCGUUAGCAGAAAACAGCGAAGUUAUACAAUACGAAAGCUCAGAUGACGAUGGUAUAGGACCACUGCCUGCAGGAGCUGAAGAUAAAUGGUCUGAAGCCCAUCAACGCUUAGAAGAACGAGCAAUGGAGAUGAAAAUUAAGUCCUUAGAUGGGCAUUCAUUGCAAAGUUCCAAUAUAAAGUCACGUGAACAAUGGAUGUUAGAGCUACCAGAGGGGAAAACCAAAUUUAUGGGCUUAGAAGCUCGAACUUUUAGACCAAAAGAGGGACCAGAUAUGAGUGAUAGAUCAAGUUGGACAGAUACUCCGGAAGAUAAAGCUCGCAAGGCCUUAGGCAUAGCUAAAGAAGAAGAUGUCAGUGAGUCACUGCAAAAGGAAGCGAGAGAGCGUCAAAUUGCUAACCGCGAUGAAGAUCAAGAAAAAGCUAUUAAGAGACAUAAAAAGAAACACAAAAGAGAAGAGAGCUUAUUGGAAAUGCACCAGAAGAAAUUGAAAAAGAAGAAAAAGAAAGAAGACAAAGAUGAUGAUAAAAAAGAUCGUCGUCCUUUCAGUCGUGACGUCGAUUUGCAAGUCAAUCGCUUUGACGAAGCUCAAAAAAAGUCCAUAAUAAAGAAGGCACAAGGACUAAAUUCGAGAUUCUCUCGUGGCGAAGCAAAAUACUUG